CUCUCUCUGUCUGAUGUGAUUCUUGUGUGUUUGUGAAUGCACAAAUACCGCGGGAAUUCAGCUUGCAGACAAGAAAGACUGGAAAGCUCACCUAUCCACUCCAGAAUGACGAUCCAGGUUUUUUUACUUCUAGCUCAGCUGCUUCUUGCAGUGUCGCUCCAGUCAAACUCUCAGGUUUACCUGCCAAUCGACUGUGAUGACAUUUAUAAACACGACAACAAGAGCUUAAGUGGGGUGUACACCAUCUACCCAGGAGGCCCAACCACACCACUGCAUGUCUACUGCGAUAUGGAAACUGAUGGGGGGAGAUGGACUGUGUUUCUCAGGAGGAUUGAUGGAACUGAAAGCUUCUUUAGGCCCUGGAAACACUAUAAGGCCGGCUUUGGGAAUGUAGCUGGAGAAUACUGGCUGGGCCUGGAAAAUGUGUUGCUGUUGACAAUGAGGAAGGAGAAUGAGCUUCGUGUCGACAUGGAGGACUGGGAGGGAGCUCAGGCUUCUGCUCAGUAUUCCUCCUUCUCCAUCGGCCCUGAGAGCGCUGGCUAUCAGCUUCACCUGGGCAGCUUCACAGGAGGAACAGCAGGGGACAGUCUGUCCAGCCACAACUCUAUGAAGUUCACCACCUUUGACAAAGACCAGGAUAUGUGGAACAAAAACUGUGCUCAGCACUAUCUGGGUGGAUUCUGGUACAACACCUGCCAAUAUGCCAAUCCCACGGGGAUGUACGCGCCUCAUGGUGCCAUCGGCUUUGAAAACGUUCAUGUUAUUUGGCAUGCUUGGAAGGGCUGGAACUACUCCCUUAAGAAUAUUGCCAUGAAGAUCCGUUCAGUGGCCAAAUGUUCAUGUACGGUGUAGCUGGAUAAGCAUUAAAGAUUCAUGCAACAUGAUUGCACAGCAUCACUUAAAUCACAGGAGUUUUGAUGUGAUUUUGUAAACACCGUAAGAUAAAAGUUGUUCAAAUAGAUUUUUGCUGCUGUUUCGUACAACCAUUCUAAAAAUGAGAACGCAACUGAAUGCAACUGCCUCUUUGUGUUUGUGUCAUGCAGUUAAGUGUGCUGCUUAUUCAGCAUCCUUUAUGUUGUUUGAUUCCCAACACAACACUUUGAUUGUGUUGGAUUGUUUUGACAUAGAAUAAUAAGAAUAAAAAGAAGUGAUUGCUGUGAUAUUGUAGAAUAAUGUAAUUUAUUCAUUUAGGUCAUGCAUUCAUCAAUCCAUUAUCUAAACCCACUUAGCUGGCACUGAUAAAUAUGAUUAAUAAGAUAUUCUUAGUGACCCACCCAAACUUCGUAAUCUAAGUCUGAUAUUAUUUGUUUUUGAAACAUGUCUAUCUUGUUAUCUAAUCACAUUAAAAGAGCAGAUAAUUUGAAGCAA